AUGUCUAACGAGGCCGUUGAGCAAGUUUCAGAGCAAGUAAAGAAGUUGAGCACCCAAGAGCAAGCUGAGCCAGUGAUUUUGGGUGAGGACGGACAACCCUUGUCCAAGAAGGCGCUCAAGAAGUUGCAAAAAGAACAAGAAAAGCAGAGGAAAAAGGAAGAGAAGGCUCGUCAAUUGGCUGAAGAAAAGGAAGCUCGUGAGCGUGAAGCUGCUGCGAAUGACACUGCCAAGGAAAACUAUGGUAAGUUGCCCCUUAUCCAAUCUGCCUCAAAGUCCGGCAUUCAAAGAGUAAAACUAUCUGACCUUACCGAGGCCGACGACGGUAAGGAAGUGGUCCUCAGAGCCCGUGUGCACAACGCGAGACAGCAAGGUGCUACUUUGGUAUUCUUAACCUUGAGGCAACAAUCUGAAUUGGUGCAAGCGCUUGCCAAGUCCAACAAAGAGGGCACUAUUUCCAAGCAGAUGAUCAAGUGGAUCGGCUCCAUCAGUUACGAGAGCAUUGUCUUGGUCCAUGGUAUCGUGAAGAAGGUGAGCGAACCAAUCAAGUCUGCAACUGUCCAAAACCUAGAAAUCCACAUUACAAAGAUAUACACCAUCGCAGAAGCUCCUCUACAACUUCCAAUUUUGAUUGAGGAUGCUGCAAGAUCUGAUGCCGAGGCUGAGGCUGCUGGCCUUCCUGUUGUCAACUUGGACACCAGACUAGACGCUCGUGUCAUCGACUUGAGAACUGCUACCAAUCAGGCAAUUUUCAGAAUCCAGUCUGGUGUUUGUGAGCUAUUCAGAGAGUUUUUGAGUAAGAGAAACUUCGUUGAAAUCCACACUCCCAAAUUGCUAGGUGCCCCAUCUGAAGGUGGUGCGAAUGUUUUCGAAGUCUCAUACUUCAAAGGCAAGGCUUACUUAGCACAAUCUCCUCAAUUUUACAAGCAAGAGCUAAUUGCCGCUGAUUUUGAACGUGUUUUUGAAAUUGCUCCUGUAUUCAGAGCCGAAAACUCAAACACUCACCGUCACAUGACAGAGUUCACCGGUUUGGACUUGGAAAUGGCAUUUGAAGAACACUAUGACGAGGUUAUCGAUGUCCUAAACGACCUAUUUGUUUUCAUUUUCACCGAAUUGAAAACUCGCUACGCUAAAGAAAUCGCUUUGGUCCGUAAACAAUACCCUGUUGAGGAAUUCAAGAUUCCAAAGGACGGCAAGAUGGUUCGUAUUCCAUUCAAGGAAGGUGUUGCUAUGCUAAGAGCCGCUGGAAAGGAAAUUGGAGACUACGAAGAUCUCUCCACUGAAAAUGAAAAGUUCUUAGGUGGCCUUGUUAGAGAAAAAUACGACACUGACUUCUACAUUUUAGACAAAUUCCCAUUGGAAGUCCGUCCAUUCUACACCAUGCCGGAUCCUGAAGACCCUCACUACUCUAACUCUUAUGACUUCUUCAUGAGAGGUGAAGAGAUUUUGUCCGGUGCUCAGCGUGUGCACGACGCCGAAUUGCUGAAGGAAAGAUUAAAUCACCAUGGUCUCUCACCCGAAGAUCCUGGACUAAAGGAUUACGUUGAUGCAUUCACAUACGCCUGUCCUCCACACGCUGGUGGUGGUAUUGGUCUGGAGAGAGUCGUCAUGUUCUUCCUGGACUUGAAAAAUAUCAGAAGAGCCUCUCUCUUCCCAAGAGACCCCAAGAGAUUGAGACCAUGA